ACCGACGUGGGUGAUGUCAUCACUGUGCGACGGCGCUUUCAGCUAGGUUGGUUUACCGCGGGCUUGACAGGAGUUACAUCAGGACAAUAUCUGAGUGCAGUUCCUCUUAAUCAUUUCUGAGAUGAGUUUCGUGGAGUAUGGUGAAUACAUUCAGGAAGGGGACAUUUCCAUUGUCUUCCUGGGUCAUGAAUCCAUGUUUCCUAUCAAAGUCCAGCAUGGUGCCCAAACACAGACCCGGUAUGGUGUGAUCCGUCACUCAACAGACCUGAUUGGAAAGAAGUAUGGCUCCAAAGUAACAUGCAGCAAAGGAGGCUGGGUAUACAUUCUUCAUCCAACUCCGGAACUGUGGACUGUGAACUUGCCCCACCGUACCCAAAUCCUGUACUCAACAGACAUCUCUAUGAUCUUGAUGAUGCUGGAGCUAAAGCCCGGGUCAAUAGUCUGCGAGUCAGGUACUGGCAGUGGCUCUCUGUCUCACUCCAUUAUUAGAACCAUCGCCCCCACAGGACAUCUGUACACAGUGGAGUUUCACCAGCAGCGAGCUGAGAAAGCAACUGAAGAAUUCAUUGCCCACCGUGUAGCACACUUGGUUACUGUAAAGAAUCAGGAUGUGUGUAAAGAUGGGUUUGGAGUGGUUGGCGUUGCCGAUGCUGUGUUUCUGGACAUUCCUUCACCCUGGGAGGCCAUAGUACAUGCCAAGGCUGCCAUCAAGCAGGGAGGAGGACGCCUCUGUUCUUUUUCUCCGUGCAUUGAACAAGUGCAGAGAACCUGCCUCGCCCUGUCGGAGUGUGGCUUUGAGGAGAUCAGCACCAUGGAGGUGCUGCUGCGUGUUUAUGAUGUGCGUACUGUCAGCCUGCCUGUACCUGACCUCGGGAGUGAGCCGCCGGGGAGCCAGCAGGCCACAGUGACAUAUAAAAGCGCUGUAACUCCCAAAGAAAUGGCCGGCCACACAGGCUAUCUGACAUUUGCCACCAAAAGUCUACUGUGAGCUCUGCAGGAAGCAGCCUACACGCACAUACACACACAGGCACAAGCAGCCUCCAUAAAUAGUCAAAACUUGGGAACAUCAAGAAGACAUGUUUACAGAGGAGCUGCCUGCUCUGGAGAUUAAUGAUAAACAUUGGGAAUGGCUGAUGGGAGGGGGAUGUGCCGGAGCCACUUGGCAUUACAGGAUACAGUUUCAUUGAGUUCAUCGUUUAAUUUUAUUUUUUGCAGCUGUGUAUUUUUACAUAGUAUACAGUAUUUGUUUUGAUGAAUGAACAGACGCUGUAUAUGGCUUUAGUAAAGAUUAAAUGAUUUUAUCUGAGCCGGCUCUCCAGAAGAUGAAAUCCUACAUACAGGAUGACGCAAUCACAGCUCAGCCGUCUUGUUUAUCACGGGGUGAGUGGGAACUGACAAGGCCAGACGGAUGAUAGACUAAGGCUGCAGACAUGCUUGAGCCGUAAGGAUGCAACACACCCACCAACCAGGAAUCAGUAACACGGAAAAAUACACACUGGCUGUGGGAGUGUCAAAUUCCAGGCAGCAGGUCGGGUACUGCCUAGGCGCAGAAAGGCUCUCAGGGUUCUGUCGGGGUCGACUGGGCAUUCAAGCUAAAUAACUUCUGGCUGGUUUUAAUUAGAUUCAAGAGCAACAAAGCCAGCAGAGCACCCCCUUAAGUGACCAGCAGAGUUUACUGGGUAUUGAUGGUAGCGGGCUCCCAUCCAAUCUUAGUGGGUGUUAAAGAUGGCCAGGUGGGCACUGCACUUGGAGAUCUGAAAAAUAAGUAAGAGAAAGUUGAACUUGGAAAUAGUAGAAUGCACCUGGGUUUGACACGGGUAUAACUUCAGAGUGAACGUUGACCCCACACCUCAAAGCUUAAAGGCUGUAUUGGAUCUAAAGGAACAGAGCUGGGCAGAAUAGUCACAGGAUAAUUCAGAAUGUUGCCAUACAAGAUGUGCUUAAUUUAACCCCUUGUCUCUCUCUGCUGUUGAACCCAAUGAUGAAAGGUAUCUUGAGUCCA